GUUGAUCGUAUCCUCCAGGCAACAGACCAACAGGCAUCGAUUCAUCUCCAACAAAAGCUCAAGACCUCGGCUCCAGAGCAAAAAGUCCAAAUCAUUGACGUGAUUUUGCAUCAGGCAUAUGCAUUGAUGUCGAAUCGGUUUGGUAAUUUCUUGAUCCAAAGGUGUUUUGAGUUUGGAACGCCUCAGCAAAUUGAUGCGCUUGCACAGGCAAUGCGAGGUAAUAUCUUGACGUUGGCCUGUGAUGCUUUUGGGUGUCAUGUGGUCCAGAAAGCACUUGAUUAUGUGGAGGAAGAUUGUAAAGCCCGGAUUGUGACCGAAAUGUUCCGAAGGAUACGAGAGACCAUCGUUCAUCGGUAUGCAUGCCACGUUUGGCAAAAGAUCUUUGAAAUCCGAUGGACAGAUGCUCCACCAGCAGCGAUGACUUAUGUGAACAAUGCAGUGGCUGGGCGAUGGGCCUCUGUAGCUGUAGAUGAGACUGGAAGUUUGGUAGUUCAAAAUAUUUUUGAAAAUUGUGCCGAACAUGAUAAGCGGCCUGUUCUGACCGAGAUCCUUCAAUCAGUCAAUACUAUUGCCAAAGGGCAGUGGGGCAACUGGGUGAUUCAGCAUAUCCUUGAACAUGGUAUACCUCAAGAUCGCGCGACGGUGACACAAAGGAUCUUGGAGGAUGCAGUGGCUUUGUCAUUGGACCAAUAUGCGUCCAAAGUUGUGGAGAAGAUGCUCCGAAUGGCUGGGGCUAAAGUCAUGAAUCAAUACAUUCAAAUUGUUUGCAACGGUGUCCAAGGCCACCCACGAAUCCCCUUGAUUGAUAUUGCAGCAGACCAGUAUGGAAAUUAUAUCAUUCAGUAUAUCCUAACGAAUGCGGCACCGCAUCAUCGAGAGACUUGUGCAACACUAAUCAAACGACACAUGGUUAGCCUGCGUGGAUCUAAAUACGGUCAGAAGGUGGCCUUCAUGGUGGAGCGAUGGAAAGGGAACUCAUUUGGGAGUGGAAACAAUAAUAGCAGCAAUAACAAUGGAAACAAUGGUAACGGCGGUGGAUCCAAAUCAGUAUCAGGAUCGAGCCUUGAAGGAGGAAAUGGAGGCAGUGGACGGCGCAGAUGGUGA